AUGUUUGAGGCGAUAGUGGAUGCUUCACCAGUGGAAGCAUCAGGAAAACCAUCAUCAGGAGGGAUCCUUAAAGACCAGUCCAAAGUCCAGUUAAAUCCUUCAAAUAGUUCUAGAGUGAAAUUUUCCACCAAAACCUAUGUGCAACCAUUAAGAAGCCGAGAGCCUCAAGACAUAUCCAAAGUGUUUGAAGAAGAGAUCACACCUGGUUUUACCUUGUCUCACAGUAAGGAACAUAUUGACGUCACCCUGGGCGAAGAAUUCUUUGAGAAACAAAAGCCUACAGAAGAAACCAUCAAAACUACUGUGCCCGGCACUCCACCUAAGCUUGAAACGGAAGAUGUUGUUGCUGACUUAGUGGAACAGAUUUCUGAACUGACAGCCAUUAUAGAGCAAUUGCGCCGAGAUCAUCAAGUAACACAUAAACAGCUGGAGAAAGAUAUGGAAGAAAAAUGCACUGAGAUGCAAGAGGAACAUGAUAAUAAAAUGAGGGAGAUUCAAGGAUUUCACAUACUAGAAGUGAAUAACCUGGAAGAGCAGUAUAAGAAAGAGUUGAGGAAUGAGAGGGCAACUGCGCAAGAAAAAUUGGCUACAAUGCAGAAGGAAUACAAAUACUUGAAGAAUGCAUUUCGUAUGUACCAGGAUAGCAUUUCUGAUGAAAUGGAAGAAAAAUGGCUGAGAAGGCAGGCCGAAUGGAAAAAAAGUGAGAGGACUGAGCGAGAAAAGGCACUAUUACAACAAAAGCAAUCUUUAACAAGGAGAUUUGAGAUGGAAUUAGAGGAGCAGAAGAAGAUUAUUCAGAAUAACAGUUUUUUGCUAGGAAGAGUUUAUGAACAGGAAAGAGAAGAAUUUCAGAAGCAGCAACAAACUGCCUUGGAAAAUAUAGACAUGUUAAAUGCCAAAAUCAAGAAAUUGGAGAAUGAAUUGAAUGAGAAGAACGAAACUCUUCAUGCUAUUGCUUCAUCUCUUCACAAAACAGAGAUAGAACUUCAGAAGGAGAAAGCCAAAAUGGCAGAGACAGAGAAAACUCUCCAACAAAAACUAGUAGCUCUUGAAGAGAAACAUCAAAUUAAUAUAGCUUCUUUGACAGAAGAAAACAACAUUUUGAGGCACAAGCUUAUUGAGAAGAAUGAAGAGAUAUUUAAUGCCCAAAAAAGUAGUGUUUUUGGAUUGUUUGAUUAGGGCUAUGCAUGAAGAAUUGGCUUAUGGAGACUUGUGUGAAGCUGUUUCUUCAGAA